UUUGUCUAAUGGGAUUAAAUGAAUUCAAAUUUAUAUUCAAAUUUAAACCGUGAAGCAGUUAAUUAACGUCCUGCAUAUUAUUGACCUUGUUGAUAGGAUUUUUUUCUUCAGAAAGCCGCAGUAUCCAUUUAUAUAUCACAUCCACUGAGAAAGCGAUGUUAAGUAUGGAUGCCAGGUCUGAGAGAUAUCGUGGUAAAAAUGGAGAUAUCGUGGAACUGGCAACACAGUCGUGCAGCUCGCGAGCAUCCCGACUUAAACCGGCCUGUGAUGCAGCGUGCAGCCCCGCCUCCUUCUCUCUCUCCCUCCUUGAGGCACCGACAGCUGAUCGCAAAGACACCACCGCAAUUCACCGGAUCUCCGUGAUGGCGUCUGAGGAGCUCGCGCGGAAACUGCAGCGCAGGCUGGAUGCCACGGAGAGCCCGGCGGAGAGCCCGGCGAUCAGCCCAGCAAUGAGUCCGUGGAUGAGUCCUGCGAACAGCCCGGCGAGGUGCGUCACCGAGCCGCGGCGCGAGGGCGAGAGCAAGGACUCGGCCGCCUCUAACGGGGACUCGUGCUCGAACGAACUCGCGGAGAAGCUCAACCGCAGGUUAGAGAUCGACGGAGGCGGCGCGAGGCCCAGACAGAUGAUGAAGGUGUUCAACCCGUACACCGAAUUCAAGGAGUUCACGCGCAAACAGAUCAAACAGAUGGAGGAGAUGUUUAAGAGGUUCGACUCAGGUAAGGACGGCUACAUCGAUCUGAUGGAGCUGAAGAUGAUGAUGGAGAAGCUCGGUGCUCCUCAGACUCACAUCGGCCUGAAGAACAUGAUCCGUGAGGUGGACGAAGACUAUGACGGCAAGCUCAGCUAUCGAGAGUUUCUCCUGAUCUUUAGGAGAGCCGCGGCAGGGGAGCUGAAGGAUGAUGACCCUCUUAUGGCACUGGCUCGUCUCUCAGAGAUCAAUGUGUCAAAUGAAGGCGUGAAGGGAGCAUGCGACUUCUUUGAGGCCAAGGCUCAGGUGCUGUCAGUACGUAGUAAGUUUGAGGCAGAGCUCCGGGAGGAGAAAGAGGAGAAGCAGAGGAUGGAGGAGGAGAGGAAACAACGACGGGCUGCUUUUAAAGAGCUGCAAUCUGCGUUCUGCUCCUGAAUACACACACACGUGCGCACACACACACACACACACACACACACACACACACACACACACACACACACACACACACACA